AUGGAAGAAAACACCGUCUACUCGGACUCGCGAAAUCCUCUUCUAGACCUAGCCGGUCAGGCGUCUGGAGUGUCUCCACUGGAACAGGAAGUGCUUGAUGAAUAUGAGCGGCUGGCCAGAAACAUGAAAGAGCUCUCUUCCGCUCUAGCAUCGCUCUCGGGCGGACCCAUCACGCUUGAGAUGGCGGAAGGCCUUCGGCUACUGGAGAGAAAAGUGGCCAGCGUGUACACGUUGAUGAAGGCCAGUGUCUACAGUAUCGUACUGCAGCAAGGCCAAAUAGAGGGCAUGGAAGGCGAUGGAUUUGACGGAGAAGACAACACUCAGCGUUGA